CCCUUCUGCCGCCGGCACAGCCCGGUGCCCAGUGGGGAUGUGCAGCAGCUGCAGGACGACUGCGAGGCACUGGCACUGCUGACAGGCCGUGAGCGGGCCAAGAAGCGGGGUCUCCCCCGGUCCCCUGAGGUCCUCCUCUGCCCCAGCGUGCUGGAGCCUGUGCCCAGCCCCGACUGCCUGGUUGUCACCAUCCUGGAGGUGCCAGAGGAUGUGGCCCCGCCGGACGGCCUGGGCAGCUGCCUCCUCUACUUCAGCUCCCUGCCCUUCGGCAUCUACCUCCUGCUCAUUGAGCACCACAGCCUGGGCAUCGUCCUAGUCAGCCUUGUGCCCUCCACCCUCCUCCUCUGCAUCGUCUACAGCCUCUGCCAGUGUCUGUGCCGGGAGGUCUUCGGGUUCCCCCACUCCUGA